UCUGUGUAUUCAUUUUAAAUCAGAAAAUUUUCUGUAUACACAUACUAUUUGUGUGCUUUUCGUAUUUUACACCAAUUCCAGCAUUUAACUUAUUUAAACGAGCCAAUGUCAGCAAAGUUGAUCGAGGUGCAGCCAGUCUGCAAGGCCCCAGGUUUGCCAAUCUGUGAGUUGGAGGAGACUAGUUGCAACGUAGAAGUUGUGGACAAUUUGAGCAUAGGGCAACCCGAACCUGGCAGGACUCUACUUUGUGACUGUGUAUAUAAGGUCAGUGAGGAGGAGGAGCCAAGUUUAGAACAGUCAACGACUGUCGAUGAGGAGCUUCAGUUGGAGGACAUCAAAGACGAGCUGGAAAAUAAUAGGGCGCUCGUUGAUCUCAUCGGCCAGAGGCUGUCGUUAAGCAUACCCGAUUGCCCCGAGCUGGAUGCCUGCAUGGACAUUCAAGUGGAGCUGAACAAGGACGGCAUGCACCCAGAAAUUCUCAAGCUGCAUCGCGACAACAGUCAGUUACGCCAACAGCUGAGCCAGCUGCAGCACAGCUGUAAGGCCGUCGAUUUGUCGCUGAAGUAUAUGCACAAUAGUCUCUGCCGAGACUUGGAGGCGGGCGCAGCAAUGCAGCGCCGCCUAAACGAGCUGGACUCCUUCAAGCGCAUAGCAGAGCGCGAACAUGCGCUCUGCCGGCAGCGCUAUCGUCAUCUGGAUCAGGACAAAUUCGAUUGGAACGAUUGUUUCGCCUACAUCAGCAAGCAUUAUAUGGAGUUGCAGCCUUUGCUCAAGAAGUACGUGCGUCGAACUGAAUAUAAACAGCUCAGACACGAUGCCAGCGAGUUGCUCAACCAAGCCAAAUUGGAGGCCAAGGAAUUGCACGACUAUUUGGCCGAGAACAUGAGCUUGCUGAGCCAGCGGGUGGACCAUUCGCCGGGCUGUGGGCGCCUUGGCUCCGAAUUCGCCACGGAUCGUCGGAUGGCCAUGGAGAUAGCCGCUUUUUUGCAACGCAACGAGCACCUCUUUAACAGAGCGACGCAUUAAAAUCCAAACUCUGUCCAAGAUUGUUCAAUUUGUCAGAGGCAAUAAAGUUGGAUGUGGCCAACGCCAUAAGGCGACAACAGA